CUUGUAUGGUUGCCACGUCAUGGCUCCCUCAACCUGCAGUUGCGACAUUUUAGGAUUUCCUUGUUCCUCAUUCUCUACCUUCUCUCUCAAUUUCCCUCUUUAUAGAACCGUUGCCGCGAAAAUUGAAAUUUUCCAUUAAUUCUCACUCUCCGAUCAUCUUCUUCGCAUCACUAUUGCCGGCCAUGAAUCCAGAAUACGACUACCUAUUUAAGCUUUUGCUCAUUGGAGAUUCCGGUGUUGGGAAAUCAUGUCUUCUUCUUAGGUUUGCUGAUGACUCAUAUCUUGAGAGUUACAUUAGUACCAUUGGUGUAGACUUUAAAAUCCGUACAGUGGAGCAGGAUGGCAAAACGAUUAAGCUGCAAAUAUGGGAUACCGCUGGACAGGAGCGGUUUAGGACAAUUACUAGCAGUUACUAUCGCGGUGCUCAUGGUAUCAUUGUAGUUUAUGAUGUAACUGAUCAAGAGAGUUUCAACAAUGUGAAGCAAUGGUUGAAUGAAAUUGAUCGAUAUGCAAGUGACAAUGUUAAUAAGCUUCUUGUUGGAAACAAGAGUGAUCUCACUUCCCAGAAAGUUGUCUCUACUGAGACAGCCCAGGCAUUUGCUGACGAAAUUGGGAUACCUUUCAUGGAAACAAGUGCUAAGAAUGCUACUAAUGUAGAACAGGCUUUCAUGGCUAUGUCUGCUUCUAUCAAGAACAGGAUGGCAAGCCAACCAGCGAUGAAUAAUGUCCGACCUCCAAGCGUGCAGAUUAGAGGACAGCCUGUUAACCAGAAAACUGGCUGCUGCUCCAACUGAAACCAAAAGCCGUGCGUUUGGCUGACAUCAAUUUGUCAAUCAGGGCAUGUAAAAUCGGAGCUCUAUCUAGCUAGGGGUUUAAGAGGACGAUUUCAUAAUUCAUUGUCUCUUUUAUCUUGACAGACUUCUAUGCUCGAAUAUCCAUUCUUUUUGAAUUUAUUUCAUCAGUUGAAAAGGAACGUUGUACAAA